AUGAGUAAUAGGAGUGUUGGUAGGGGCAUUGCGGUUCCCCUAGCACCUGUCGUUACAGUAUCGGCUAUCGGCGAGGAAGUUGCAUGCGAGGUCGUGAGAGCGGUGCAAGAUGCUCUAGCUCGCAAUGAGGGGGACAAUAGGCGUACCCUCAAACUUACUAAGGAGUUUCUUCGCUCCAAUCCACCGGAGUUUUUGGGAGAGGCAAGAUCGCUGGAGGCGGAAAGUUGGUUGGAACAGAUUACCAAGACUCUUGACAUGCUCAGAGUCGAGGAUGAGGGGUUGAGGGUUUCUUUGGCGACCUUCUUAUUGAAGGGAGAUGCAAAUUAUUGGUGGAAGUAUGUGAAAGGUAUUGUAGGUGCCACGUGGGUUGCGUUUACCGAUGCCUUCUUGGCCAAGUAUUUCCCUCAUUCUGCUCGGGAAGAGGAGCGCCGUUGUUAUGAGUUUGAGAGGCGGUUGCGUGAUGAUAUCCGAGAGAAGGUGGUUAGAUCUAAGUGGAAGAAUUAUUAUGAUCUAGUUGAGGUGGUGGUCCAUGCAGAAGUCAUGGUUAGCAGUGUGGGUCAAGCUAGGAGAAAGGCCACAUCGGUAACUCCUACAGUUCAUAAGCACCCUAGACUUAGCAAGAGAUGGAGGCGAGCGCAUGCUCACUCGCAGACUCGGUCUUUGUUUUCAUCAGGGGUUUCGAGCUCAUCUGUUGGGGGAUCCAGUGAGGUUCAGGCUCCAAAUUGGAUUCAAAGUUGGGAGGCCAUUGUUUGUUUUGAUUGUGGUCAGCGGGGCCAUGCUAGACGUUUUUUCCCUUUAGAUCUUUUCGGUGUUUCAAAAUCUAGUCGGUCUUUGUCCCAUCAGUCCAGUCGGGGAUGUUAUCGGUAUCAGACCCGAAGAGGCCAGGCUUCGGAAGCUUCACGAGAGUCGACCUUUAAACCAGCACAGUAUUAUCACCCUUGA